GGGAGCCACCACCAUAUCCCGAACGGGUAACCCUAAGGUCAUUCAUUAGGAGCGGAAUGGGGACAAGACGCACCGGACAAGCGUUUGGCGUCCCCGCUGCCAACUUCCAACGGUCAUUCAGAUCCAACCUGUCGGGCCAUGUGGUUAUCAGACGGGAAUUGAUUUCGACCCGUCCCCUUUCCCCCCCUGGAUAGAAAUGGAUACAUCGAUCUUCCGUGCGCCGGGUUCCGGGCUAAGCACCAUCCAGUUAUAAAGCUACUUUUAUAACCAAAGUUCAGCGCUUUUACCUCCCCUGAUCUUUCCCCCCGUUUGCUCUCCUAUGAUCUGAGUGCCCGCACGGACGUCCAGACUGCCACCAUGGCCGGGGAUGAUUUUACCAUCGAGGCCUUCACCCUCCUCAGCAUCGCCAUUGUCACCAUCGCCAUCCGCAUCACUGCACGAUGGAUCACCGCUGGACCGAGAAAUUUCAAGCUCGAUGACUUCCUCAUGCCUGUAGCGGGGGUGGUUUACGGGUUGGAAACGGGCGCCGCUUACUGCGUUGGCGCUUGGUGGAUGGGUCUAGCCAAUAACGCCAUGACCGACGAGCAACGAGCCACGCUUUCUCCCACUUCAGAAGAAUACCGUCUGCGUGUAGGUGGCUCCAAGACCCAGGUUCUGGGUUGGUCGUUGUAUACAACCCUGCUGUGGUUGCUGAAAGCUUGCAUGGCUAUUUUCUACUCGCGAUUGACAGCCGGCCUGAUCAACAUGAAACGUCGGGUCCAAAUCGCCUACGUCCUCAUCGGCGCCACUUAUAUCGCCGUCAUCUGCUCGAUCCUCUUCGGUUGUCAUCCCAUGCAUAAGAACUGGCAGAUAUACCCCGACCCAGGCAACUACUGCCAGCCCGCGGUGUCGCAGAUCGACGUCUACGUUACUGUCACCUUGAACGUUGCGACAGAUGUGUACUUGAUAUCGAUUCCAACACCGAUGCUCUUCAAAGCUCGUCUCCCCUGGCGCGAGAAAUGCGAGCUCCUCGUCCUUUUUAGCGGCGGAAUCUUUGUCAUGGCCGCCGGUAUCCUCCGCUGCGUGUUAAUCGUCACGGCCGGUGCAAACGGCGCCCAACAAGCCGGCAGCUGGGCCUGCCGCGAAACCUUCGUAGCCGUAGUAAUCGGCAACGCACCGAUGAUCUACCCCUUAUGUCGACGCAUCGCACGCCGCGCCGGCUGGUACAUCAGCACCAAGGGCAUUACCUCCAACAGCUACCCAUUAACCGAUAGCGAAGUACUUGGUGGCGGCGGCGGUAACGGUGGCGGCCAUAACUCGAAGAGCACCAUGCAUAGCAGUAAUCGGAAACGGAAGUUUAAGCAUCCGUUGUCGUUGCCGGAUACGCAGUAUCAUGAUGAGCAGACGAUCUUGCCGCGUUCGGAACCGCCGACGGUUUGCGAGGCUGGGACUUGGGAUGAGGAGAGUCGGGGGAGUCAGGAGGGGAUUAAGGUUGUUAGGGAGACUAUUGUGCACAGGCAAUAGAUUCUAUCUUUAUUUCUUUUGUUACUUUGGUUUUCUUUUGGGUUGGUUGGGGAUGGUGGAGUCUAGUCUUGAGAUCUUUUCUUCUGUGGAUAUUACUUCUUUUUCUUUUCUGGCAUAUAUAUACACGGAUACCUAGUUGAUAUAUGAUAUGAUAUAUAUGUAUGUACAAAGACAUAGACAACAAACAGCUUCAAUGAAUCAUAAGCUCGUGAUUUUUUUUUUUUUUGCCAUUGCCAUUGCCAUUGCAUUUGACAUACUUAAACAAAAAGAAUAAGAUUCCGACUCAGUGGGUCAAAGGAAAUGAAAA